AUGAAUGCUUUCACGAAUCUGGAGAAGCGUACCUUCCUGCACAACCGCCCCGAGAAGGACGUCUACAAGAUCCUCAUCGACUGCUAUCGCCUUCGCAUGGAAGAUGACGCCAAGAUCGUCGGUAUCAUGGAGCCAGACUCCAUCUACGCCUCUCGGUCCAGCGAUGGAAAGGCUGGAUUUCGACGCUUCAUGGAAACGGCAAGGAGAUCGGUCAAUGGCAAGCUCUUGCCACCUUGGUGGAAUGAUGAGAAGCAACAACAGUGCGAGGUCAUGGCUGCUGAUGUGAGUGGGUGGUCGAGCCUGAAGACCAAGCUUAGCAAGGCAGACGUCAUCCAGCACUAUGGCGACGACCAUUUCCCGAUGCAGCUGCUUGACUUCUGGAACAGCAGAGACACAAGGCCUAGGGUUAUGACCUACACACGUAAAGGUCUAAGGCUGCAGAUACAGCAACAAAGACCUACCCAAUCAAGAGAUAUCUUAUGGGUGAAAGCUGGCGACCUCACUAUUAUGAAUAUAUAUAGGCCGCCAGAUGAGCCUAUAAACCAAGCAACCAGCCUCCUUUUAGAUUAUCAACCGCCAGAGAGAGCCCUUAUCGCUGGGGACCUUAAUGCCCGCCACUCCUCUUGGGAACCUGGGACCCCUAGCCGGAACCAGGGCGACGAUAUUGCAGAGUGGGCUGAAGUCUAUGAUCUGUCGUUUAUUGGAGAAGUUGGGGCCCCUACCCAUACUCAUGGGCAUACCCUCGACCUGACCUUCUCAAAUAUCCCCUUUGCUGAAGCUUAUAUUAGCCCACACCUACACCUAGGGGCUGACCACCAAGCUAUUACAACAAUUAUCCCUAUAGGCAAGGCCCAGGAACAGGGACGCCAGACUAGCCACCUCUCAGUCCCAGAGUCAGCCCUACCCCAAUUUAUCGACCUAGUAAAGGCUGGGGCUGCAGCCCUGCCUACCCCAGGGGAACACCCAAGCCCAGCGGAGCUGGACACUCUAGCUGCCCAACUGGGCAGGGGAGCCCCCUGGUGGACAGAAGACUGCUCAGAAGCCCACCAAGCUGCUAUUAAGGCUAGGCGCCAACAGGCCCAAGAACCAGGGCUAGUUAUACCUCCCCCUGUCCUAGAGGAGCAGAAAGUCUUCCUGACAACCGUCAGAAGGGCAAAACGCGCCUACUGGAUAGCUAAGAUUAAAGAGGUUAAGACAGACCAAGACCUAUAUAAAAUCUUAGGCUGGCGGAAGUCUAGCUUAGCAGUUAAAGCCCCACCUCUCAUAGUAGAAGGACGGACGAUCAGCAAUAGCCUCGAUAAGGCUCAGGCCCUUCGAAAGGCCUUAUUAGAGCGAUUUAGUGCUGCAGACGACUUACCUGGGAACCCCUUUGCUAUUCCAGUAGUCGCAAGGCGUCUUAUACCCUGGCAGGAUAUAGUUAGUAUGGAGGAACAGCUCUUCCAGGCCUGCGUACAGGUAGGCUACUUCCCUAGACCCUUCCGCAAAGCAGAGGUUGUUAUGAUCCAGAAGCCGGGGAAAACAGACUUCUCUAAGACUGGGUCUUGGCGCCUGAUAUCCCUGUUAUCCUGCUUAGGCAAAGGCUUAGAGCGGCUGAUAGCAAAAAGGAUAGCCUACCUUACUAUCCUAGAAGGGGCUGCCAGCCCACAGCAGGCUGGAGCCCUACCAGGGAGGGCUGCAGUUGACCUCACAACCUGUCUAACCCAUGAGAUUGAGAGGGCUCUAGAUACAGGGCUUACUGCGACGCUAGCAACAAUGGACGUCAAGGGGGCGUUUGAUUCCGUCUUACGAAACCGACUUAUUGUCAGGCUACGACAGCAGGGCUGGCCUAGCAGCCUGAUCAGACUGGUCUACACCUUCACCUCCAGCCGAACAGCCUGCGUCAGGCUAGAGGAUACUACUACUGAGGACUUCCCUCUUUCCUGUGGACUACCGCAAGGCUCUCCGCUGUCACCUAUCCUCUUCCUGCUCUAUAUAGCUGAUAUCCUAGCUGACGAUCAGAAGCUACGGUUUGGCUAUGCAGACGAUAUAGGCUUAGUAGCUACUAGCCCCUCACUAGAAGAGAAUGCUACAGCCCUAGGCCAGGAGAUCACUAGUAUCCUCAGCUGGGGAACGGAAAAUAAAGUCGCCUUUGACCCAGCUAAGUCAGAGGUAGCCCUUGAGGCAGCGCGACUACGCUUUGCUACACGCCUACAGAAGGUUGACCAACAACAUCCCUUAGUCCCAAGGCUUCUGCAGCCAGGGCGGCAGCAGACCAGGCUCCAAAGAACAGCUGGCCUCUUACCCAAGUGUCCAAGGCCAGCACUCCUACAGCCGCAAUACCUCCCAGGGUCCUAUAACCCUAUAGCCACAAAGACGAAGGAAAUAGCAGCGAGGAUCUUCCAGGCCUGGCUUAAGACUGUACCAGAGAAGCAUACUAUUAUCUACUCAGACGGCUCUAAAGCCCCUAAUGGCGCCACAGGGUUUGGCUUUGUUAUAUACCGUAAGAACAAGCGUAUAGCCCAGGGCUGCGGCCGCCUCGGCUUAGCAGAAGUGUUUGAUGGGGAGGCUGAGGGGGCGAGGGCAGGGCUCCGACGAGCCCUCCUUACCUCCCAGGGCCAGCCUAUACACAUCUGUAUCGAUAAUACCAGCGUUAUCCAGGGGAUCCGAGGCAGGGUCCCAGACUCCUCACAAGCUGCCUUCCUUGAGAUCCAAGAGGCAGCUAGGAUGUAUGACAUACGAACCCAUUGGUCCCCAGGGCACCAAGGCAUCAAAGGGAACGAGGAAGCAGACAGCCUAGCCAAGGAGGGCACAACCCUGCCAGCCCCUAGGGGCCAACUAGCCACCCUGUCAGGGAUCAAACGGCUAGCUAGAGAACGCAUAUGCCGCCAGUAUAGAAAAUGGUGGAAGCAAGAGGCAACACCCUGCUACACCCAACUAGGGCUUAAGGCUUCCCUCGCCUGCCCUCCUGAACUAGCCCUACCACGGGCUAUACUCCAUCAUCUCCUAGCAGCCCGGUCAGGCCAUGGAGACUUCGAACAAUACCAUCAACGCUUUAACCAUACAGAAGCACUGCUUACCUGCUCCUGUGGGGAGGCAAAGGAGGUAGACCACCUAGUCUACUGCCGAAAGACCUUAGUGAGGAGGCUUCAGUGGCCCACCCUCCACCCUUCUAGUCCACAGGAGCCUAUAGGACCAAUAGGAUCUCUUGAUCGGUACUACAAGGGGCUAACCACUGAUCAUGAAGGCUUCUGGGCCUUUCUCUGCGUGACAGACUUCUUCCAGAAGAUCUGCCCGCGGUACUAG